AGAAAUGAAUCGGAUUUGUAAUUAUAUUGGUGUUUCUCGUAAUGAAGAUUUUGCGAUUUCUUCUGAUGCUUGGGAAGCUAGUAAGAAAAAGCGUUCCUCUUCAGAUGUUAUUAACAGUUUAAAGUCUCUUGACCUUGAUAGUAACAAGGUUCAGGCUCAGGAUUUGAGUGAAGCAGGUCCUAGUGGUGUUGUUCUUGAUGCUUCUAAUUCAACGAAUCGGGACAUUACUAAGUUAGCCCCUUACGAUUCGAGGGAUAUUGCGGUUGCUGGUUGUGGUGGACUCAAUGGGGUAAGACCACCAGUACUUAACCUUCCUCCUGCGGAUAACAGAGUUGUUGAUGGUGGUACGGUAGCAAAAUAGGCGUGGUAUUGGUGGGGGUAUUAAGGGGGUAAGACCAUCAGUACUUAAGCCUCCUCCGGUGAUGAAGCUACCUCCACUUGAUCUUCCGGGAUCUUCUUGGGAUUUCCUUACUCAUUUGGCUCCUGAAAGUGACACAGUUAGGCGGCCAAGUUCUUCUUCUUCCGAAAAUGGCAGUGAUGAAGAGGAAGUCCGGGGAGAUAUUUCUAUCGAGUUGGAGGAUCCCACUGAUGAGGCAUGCUCAUUCACUACAAACGAGUGUGACUCCUCAAGUACAGUAUCCAAUACCUCCCCUAUUUUUGUCUCCGGAGGACCUAUCAAUACUUCUUGGCAGAAGGGUCAACUUAUGCGACAAGGAUCAUUUGGCUCUGUGUAUGAAGCCAUCUCAGAAGAUGGGGACUUCUUUGCUGUCAAGGAAGUUUCACUUCUUAAUCAGGGAAGUCAGGCACAAGAAUGCAUACAACAAGUUGAAGAGGAGAUUGCACUACUUAGUCAGCUUCAGCAUCAGAAUAUUGUGCGAUAUCGUGGCUCAACCAAGGAAGGAUCGAAUUUGUACAUCUUUCUUGAGCUUGUAUCCCAAGGGUCCCUACUAAAACUCUACGAAAGAUACCAGCUUCGGGACUCUGUAGUCUCCUUGUACACAAGACAGAUUCUUGACGGUUUGAGAUAUCUCCACGAUAAAGGUCUUGUUCACAGGGACAUCAAAUGUGCAAAUAUAUUGGUGGACGCUAAUGGCGCCGUCAAACUUGCAGAUUUUGGAUUGGCGAAGGUGUCAAAGUUAAACGAUAGUAAGUCCUGCAAGGGAAAUCUAUUUUGGAUGGCUCCGGAGGUUAUUAACCCUAAGGGUAAUGAUGGGUAUGGAAGUCCAGCUGAUAUAUGGAGCCUUGGGUGCACUGUGCUGGAAAUGUGUACUGGACAGAUCCCUUACUCUGAUCUACAACCUGUUCAAGCCCAUGUUAGGAUCGAAAUGGGUACGCUUCCAGACAUACCGGAUACUCUAUCGCUAGAUGCCCGGGAUUUCAUAGUUACAUGUCUGAAAGUGAACCCGGAAGAGCGGCCAACUGCAGCUGAACUGCUGAACCAUCCAUUUGUGAGAAUGCCCUUACUAUCCUCGGGCUCAGGAGGCUCAGUAUCUCCGCUUAUCCGUAGAUGAGGUGUAACCAGAAGAUUUAUGAGGGAGUAGACCCCGUAGAAACGAUUGGGGAGAAACGAGAUAUGAUUCUUCGACAGACGCCCGGUUUGGGUUGUGCAGGAAGAGCUAAACUCCCUGGAGACAUAUCUUCAGGUAGUUUCUGUCUCAUUCGAUGGUUAUUUGUUCUAAGUUGCGUUUUGGGAUUAUUUUUAAAAUUGAAGAGCCUUAAUUGAAAUUAGAUUGUUGGUUUGUUUAGUUUUGUUAAAUUAUAUAUAUGCAUGUUGCAAUGUGAUGUAUAUAAGAAGAGCCUGAGUUGAAUUAGUGUUUCUGGUGUAUAGGCUUGUUUGGUCAUGUAAUGUGAUGUAAUGUAUUAUAGUUCCUGCGUGUUGUAAUUGUGUGUACACAGAUCAUGUCUCGAUCCAUUUUAUCUUCAGUUUUUCUCA